AUGUCGUCACCCCAAACCCUUCCAAUAGCAGGUGAUUUGGAUGCCACGUGGAAUUUCAUUGAACCUGGUCUCGAGUUCAUUCUUGGGGCCCAGGGUGAUCAGGGCGUCACAUCCAGAAUGUACAUGAACUGCUACACCGCCGUGUAUAACUACUGUGCCAACAAGUCUCGUAACCUGAAUGUGUCUGUUUUCAGCAAAUCUGGUAAGGAUAAGACCACAUACUCCUUGACGGGGGCAGAGAUAUACAAUAAACUACAAGAGUACCUAAUCAACUUCAUCCAGAGCUUGCAGAAGGAGCCACACGAGCUGUUCUUGGAGUUUUACGUCAGGAAAUGGAAGCGUUUCACCAUUGGUGCUGGCUACAUGAAUAAUGUUUUUGACUAUAUGAACAGAUACUGGGUCCAGAAGGAGCGCUCAGACGGAAGAAGAGACAUCUUUGACGUCAACACAUUGGCAUUGCUCCAGUGGAAGUACCAUAUGUUUAAUAACAACGCCGACAGGAUCAUGAACGAGGUGCUUGAAUUGAUUGAGAGGCAGAGAAACAACGAGAUCGUCGACACAAAUGUCAUUUCCGUGGCCGUCAGAUCCAUGGUUGAUUUGGGCAUUGACACCAACGAUUUGAAGAAGACGAAUAUGUUGGUCUACACGAAGCAUUUCGAAAUGGAUUUCAUGACUCGUACCGCUGUCUACUACAAGAAAGAGAGUGACAGCUUCCUCUCACUGCACAACGUUGUCGACUACAUGAUGAAAUGCGAGAGCAGAUUGUCUGAGGAGAUUUCCAGAUCCAACAACUACUUAGAGGAACGGAGCAAGAGGCAAUUGCUUGAAGUGUUGCACAUGGUUUUGAUCAGAGAUCACGCCAAUGAGAUGUACGACCAGUUCCUCAAGUUGCUCGAACAAAAUGAAAUCGACCAUAUCCUGAGGAUGUACAAGUUAUUAUCCAAGGUACCCAGCACAUUGCAGCCAUUGGCAGAUAGUUUGGAGAGCCACAUCAAGGUAGAGGCUGCUAAAGCUAUAGAAGAGCUUAAAACCUCCGCAGAACCUACUGGCGCACCAGCGCCUGAAGAGAGGACCAAGAGAUCGUCUCAAGGUCUCAUCUCUCCAAAGGUAUACAUACACACGUUGAUUCUGGUUUACAUGAAGUUCAACGAUGUUGUCUUUAAUGCAUUUAAGAAGGACCCCCUUUUCAUCAAAGCGUUAGACUCUGCUUGUCGACACUUUGUCAACAUUAAUGUCAUCGCUACACCUACUCCAAAGAGCGCAAGCAAGACUCCGGAAUUGUUGGCUAAGUAUGCCGACAGCUUCUUGAAAGCCACAUCUAAGGAAGCUGAUGUCGCCAAUAUGACGGCUGACAACUUAGCUCUCAUGUUGAAAUACAUCGACAACAAAGAUGUCUUUGAAAACAACUACCGCCGUUUGCUUGCUAAGAGAUUGAUUAAUGGUAAUACAAAGUCUGACGAGCUAGAAGAAGGUAUGUUACAAAGAUUACAAGAGGGUAACUCGAUGGAAUUCACGUCUAAAAUCAGCAAGAUGUUCCAAGAUAUGAAGUCUCUGGAAGAUUUGAAGAUGAACAUCAGACAAAUCCUUGGAGAUCGGUCGGUUGUCAACGACUUUACCCCAUUAAUUUUGGCCCAGAGCAUGUGGCCAUUCCAUCAUAUUGAGGAUUAUAAACUCAAUGUUGCGCCCGAGUUGCAGGACACGAUCAAGGCCGUGGAAGAGGAAUACACUGGCAAGCAUAACGGUAGAGAAUUGCAGUGGCUUUGGAACCACGGAAAGAGUGAAAUCAAAGCUAACUUGUCAAGAAAAGGUAAACCUCCAUUCAUUUUCACCGUUACCAACGUGCAACUCAUGAUCAUCUUGGCUUUCAACAAAAACACAACCUAUUCCUACGCCCAACUUCAUGAAAUCGUUGGUGUUGCCAAACACGUAUUUGAGGCCCACUUGACGCCGCUUGUUAAAUUCAAGUUGCUUGAGCAGAACCCUAAUUCGCCUCUGGAGUUCAACUCUCCUGACACCACCUUCACAAUCGUGAACGAGUACAAGUCAAAGAAGUUGAAGGUCAACUUCGUCAGCACAAUCAAGAGCGAACAGAAACAAGAAGACGAAGACACGAACAAGGAGAUUGACGAGUCGAGAAAGAACUACCUUACGGCUAGUAUCGUGAGAAUAAUGAAGGCCAGAAAGACCAUGAAGCACAACGAGUUGGUCAACGAGGUUUUACUCCAGGCCCAAUCACGUUUCAAGGCAAAACUCAUCGACCUCAAAAGAGCAAUCGAAUACUUGUUGGAGAAGGAGUACAUAGCACGUUGUGAGGGAGACUCUUACGAGUACCUCGCCUAG